GCCGUCAACAAACUGUUUUAUAACAUCAAAAAACCCUAGCUCUCCGCAUACACAAGAACUGAUAUAUGUAAAAAAAAAAAAAAAAAGAAAAACUCGAUUCAUCCGAUAAUGUCUGCCACACCAGCAGCAGAUGGUAUGAAACAAUAAUUCUAACAAAAUAAAUCAGUUUCCCUUUGUUUUUUUCCCAAUGUUAUAUAUGUAUUUGUGUGAAAUAAUUUUUGAAUCUAUUGUUGGUUUCAGAAACGAUCAACAUGGACAUAAGAGAUGCUUCGCCUGCACAUUUUUUGAUCAAGAUUGAAUCUUUCUCCUUGCUUGACAAGUGUCGAGUUGAUAAAUACGAAACUAAGGAAUUUGUCGCCGGAGAUUACAAGUGGAGACUAGUAAUCUAUCCGAACGGAGAUAACAAUAACGGAAAAGAGUGCGACUAUAUUUCCGUAAAGUUGGCUAUGGUGUACACAAGUUCAAUGCCUAAAAAUUGGGAGGUCAAUGCUAACUUCAGCAUCCUUCUCUAUAAUUGGAUUUCCGGCGAUUAUGUUUAUUCACUAGGUAUUAUUAAUCGUAUGUGUUAGUUUAUUAAAGUUGCGAAUGAGCAAUUCAAU